CACUUCCGGAAGCAGUUUUCACACGUGCGAGCAGUUCAUCGAUGUUUAUGAAGUUGCUAUCUGCUUGGCGGCUGUUUAACGCUGUACCCCAACACGUCCCUGAACCGCGGGGGAAUUAAACGUCGAUUGCCGAAGUCUUAUCCAAAUAAGAAGGGACGAUGGAGACGAAAGAACACAAGCGGCACCAGCACAAGCAAAGCGGGCCCAAGUCGGAGAAGAAGAAGAAGAGGAAGCAGCGGGAGCAGGGGGCUGCGGACAACAAAGAUGUGCGCAAGAGGAACCCCAAAGCGUUCGGAGUGCAGUCUGCCAUCCGCAUGGCCCGCACCUUCCACCGGACGCAGGACCUGAAAACAAAGAAACACCACAUCCCCCUGGUGGACCGCACGCCCCUGGAGCCCCCACCCAUCGUGGUGGUGGUGGUAGGACCACCACGCGUGGGAAAGAGCACCAUCAUCCGCUGCCUGAUCAAGAACUACACCCGGCAGAAGCUGGGUGACAUCAGUGGACCUGUGACCAUUGUGUCAGGAAAGAAACGGCGUCUGACCUUCGUUGAGUGUGGAAAUGACAUCAACACCAUGAUCGACCUGGCUAAGGUCGCUGAUCUGGUCCUGAUGCUGAUCGAUGCUAGCUUCGGGUUCGAGAUGGAGACGUUUGAGUUCCUCAAUAUUUGCCAGGUGCACGGCUUCCCGCGUAUCAUGGGGGUCUUGACGCACCUGGACUCCUUCAGGAACACCAAAGCCCUGCGCAAAACCAAAAAGCACCUGAAGCAUCGCUUCUGGACUGAGGUUUACCAGGGGGCCAAACUCUUCUACCUUUCUGGUAUGGUGCACGGAGAAUACCAGACGCAGGAGGUGCGGAACCUGGGUCGCUUCAUCUCUGUCAUGAAGUUCCGGCCACUUGUGUGGCAGACCUCGCACCCCUAUGUGCUGGCUGACCGCAUGGAGGACCUGACCGACCCUGAGGCUGUGAGGGUGGACCCCAAAUGCAAUCGCACUGUGUGCCUGUAUGGAUACCUGCGAGGGACAUACCUGAAGAACAAGACCCAGGUCCACAUUCCGGGUGUGGGGGACUUUGCCGUGAGCGACAUGAGCUUCCUGGCCGACCCGUGUCCCCUGCCUGAGGAGCAGAAGAAACGCGCCUUGGACCAGAAGGAACGACUGCUCUAUGCCCCCAUGGCUGGGGUUGGGGGUGUCGUGUACGACAAGGACGCCGUCUACAUCGACCUGGGGGGGAGCCACAUGGAACAGCCGCAGGGGGAGCCGCGUCCCGCCACUGAACUGGUACAGUCCCUCAUCGGCACACACACCACGCUGGAUGCCAAGAUGGCCGAGAGCAAAGUGGCCCUCUUUAGUGACUGUGCGGCCCUGACCUCGGAGGAGAUGCAGCAGGGGGGAGAGCUGCAGGGACCCACGGAGAGCCGGGUUUGGGACCCCCUGGCACAGAGGGAGAGGCGGAAGGCCGUGUUCAGCGAUGGGGAGGAAGAGGGAGACGGUGAGGAAGAUGAGGAGGACAGUGAUGAUGAUGAGGGGGGUAGGGAAAGUGAGGAGGAGGAAGAUGAGGAAACGGAGGAAGUACAAGAGGAGCAAAGUGGCCCUCCUGUGAAGAAGCAGCGGGUGGGGGGGACGGCGGAGCGAGGCCCCCUACAGGAGGUGCCUGCUUUCGCAGAUAGUGAGGACGACCUCGAGAUGAGUGAGGAGGAAGAGGAGGAGGAAGAGGGAAGGGAAAGAGCAGAAGGCGUAGCAGCCGACUCGGGUCACUGUUCCGAGGAAGACAAGAGUGAUGAUAACGAUGAUGAAGAGGAUUCUGGGAGUUCAGAAACUGAGGAGGCCAGCACCCCUAAGGGUACCACAGGAAAGAUCGACAGGUCAAAGGUCAAGGCCCCAGAAAAAUAUGCUGAGGAUGAUGAAGAGGAUAGUUCCGAUGAUGAAGACAGUUCUGAUGCUGAGGAAGAGGACAGUUCCGAUCCUGAGGAAAGACCCGUCGCUCUAGUAGGUGUAAGGAGCAGAAUCAAGAAGUCAGUGGCAAAGGGGCUCCUUAUAGAUGCUGAGGAUGAUGAUGCUGAUGAAGAUGACGAUGAUGAUGAUGGGGAGGAUUCCGACAUGGAGAAAGAGUUCGCUGACUUGAAAGGUGUCAGCAGUGAGGAGAAGCGUUCCACCGCGGCGUCAUUACGGGGAAUGGUGCCGGAAGGUGGGGGAGAUCCCUGCUUCGAAUCUGCAGGUGCCCUGAAGUGGAAGGAGGACCUGGCGCAGAAAGCCUCCGCUGUGUUUCUACGACAACAGCAAGCAGCCCCCAAUCUGCGCAAGCUGGUCUACGGCAAUGUAGUUCAAGAGGAAGAGGAGGCCGAUGAAGAGGAAGAGCUUGGAGGUCUGUUCCGGGUCAGCCGGCCAGAGAAGGGCAGGAAGCAGAGGAUGGACGCGGUGGACUGCUCACGCUUCACCUCCGACGGAGUGCGCGACUGGGACCGAGAGGAGGUGCUCGACUCCAUCAGGGACUGCUUUGUGACGGGCCAAUGGGAAGAAGACAAGGACGCUGCCACCCUCCUGAAGGAGGACGAGGAGAUGUAUGGAGAUUUUGAAGAUCUGGAGACUGGAGAGGUGCACAAGGGGCAUGCUGGAAAGCAGGAGGACUGUAAAGAGGAGGACAGUGAAGAGGAGGAGGAGGAGGUGCUGGUGAAAGAAGACGAAGAGGAGAAACUGAAGAAGAAACUUAUGGAAAAGAAAAGGCGCCUUAAGGAGCGAUUCGACUCGGAGUACGACGAUGGAGACGCCACCUACUUCGAUGACCUGAAGGAGGAGAUGCAGAAGCAGGCGGAGCUGAACCGGGCUGAGUUUGAGGACAUGGAGGACCAGAUGCGGGUCCAGUACGAGGGCUUCCGGCCCGGCAUGUAUGUGCGCCUGGAGAUCCCAGCCGUGCCCUGCGAGUUUGUCACCAACUUCGACCCUCACUAUCCGAUCAUCCUGGGAGGCCUGGGUGCCAGUGAGGGCAAUGUCGGCUACCUGCAGAUGAGGCUGAAGAAGCACCGCUGGCACCAGCGCAUCUUGAAGACGCGGGACCCGCUGAUCCUGUCACUGGGCUGGAGACGUUUCCAGAGUAUUCCGCUGUACCACAUCGAGGACCACAAUGGGCGUCACCGGCUGCUCAAGUACACACCCCUGCACAUGCACUGCGGCGCCACCAUCUGGGGUCCCAUCACUCCCCAGGGCACUGGCUUCCUGGCAGUACAGUCUGUAACUGGAGUUCAGGCUGGCUUCCGCAUCGCUGCUACUGGUGUGGUUCUGGACUUGGACAAAUCCGUGACCAUUGUGAAGAAGCUGAAGUUGAUUGGAUACCCUUACAAGAUCUACAAGAACACGGCCUUCGUCAAGGGGAUGUUCAACACGAACCUGGAGGUGGCCAAGUUUGAGGGAGCCUCCCUGCGGACUGUCAGCGGCAUUCGGGGGCAGGUGAAGAAGGCGCUGCGUGAGAUUCCAGGCGCCUUCCGGGCCACCUUCGAGGACCGGCUGCUCAUGAGCGACAUCGUUUUCCUGCGCUCCUGGUUCCCUGUAACCGUGCCGCAGCUCUACAACCCGGUGACGUCGCUGCUGCUGCCUCUGGGCAACAAGGAAAGCUGGACGGGCAUGAGGACGCUGGGCCAGCUGAAGAGGGACCUGGGCGUCCGCAGCCAGCCGGACAGGGACUCCCUGUACAAGCCGGUGCUGAGGACCCCCCGCCACUUCCACCCCCUGCAUGUGCCGCCACAGCUGCAGAAGGCGCUACCCUUCAAGAGCAAGCCCAAGCAGGAGCAGCGGAAGGGGGCCGUGCCCCGGGACCUGAGGAGGCCGGCCGUUAUCCGGGAGCCCCACGAACAUAAGGUGGCAGCCUUGCUGACGGCUCUCAGCACGGUCCACAACUACAAGCGGAAGAGGGCCCACAGUCAGCAGCACGCCAAGCACAAAGAGUUCCUCCGGCAGAAGGAACGCGAGGAGGGCGAGAAGCUCAAGCGGCAGAAGGAGGCACGCAAGAAGAUGUACCGUAUGAUGGGUCAGCAGGAGCAGAAGAGGGAGAGGUCCAGCCUGAAGGGGGCAGCGCAGGACAGCUAGUGGUGUGUGAAUAGCCAGGGACCUUUGAAAGUGCGAUGUCCUCUCUGUCAGUCAGACAGACAUGGGCAGGGGACGUUUGGGGGGGCGCCAGGCUGGAUUACCAUAAGGACAGUGUUUGAGGACGGCCUCCCCCCUGACAGACUGCUCUGUCUGUCUGCAGGAGCUGCUCAUGUGUCAUUAUUUACAAAGCUUUUGUUGCCACUGUUGGGUUAUAAAUGCUUUUUUUUACCUGCUGAUUUGGCUGUUGGCUGAUGUCAGCUGAGGACAGCUGGCUGUGUGAGAGAGGAGGCGCAGGGGAGUGUCCUGUGCUGCAGGGUGCUGUGGGAGCUAGUAUCAGAGUCAAACAGGCUUCCUUUAUGGUGUGUGUCUCUGUGUGUGUGUGUGUGUGUCUGUGUGUGCGCGCGCAGAGAGAGAGUGUGUAAACGUAUCAGCCCGGAAGCUCAGCCGCUCAGAGUGAGUUUUAAGAAGCAAAAUCAGACUCCUCCCAAUGUCAGACACAUGACGCUUAGCCAUGUUUGUUCAUUUCUGUGCAUCACUUCUGUUUAACGCACUUUGUGCUGAAGGGUGCUGGCCUGUGAAUUUCGACAGCAACAGGAUGGCGUGACGAAAAUGCCUCUGACACAGAAAGGGGAAACGGUGGGUCACAAGUCACGGAUGUGUGCAAAGGAUGACUGCUGGUGUGGACCGCGAGCUUCACCACAGUGACGGGCAUACCGAUGAUAAGUGUUGGAAUAUCAAUAAUGAUGUUUAACUGAAAUAGACAGCUGCUUAACGGUG